AUGAAAUCGCUUGCGCUGCAGGCUGGGGAUGAUUACUCUGAGAACUUCGAUGAAACUGGCUCCAACAGCGAGAGGAGCGAGGCAGAGGACGUGGCUGAAAGCGUAGCGAGCGCAGAGAGUGGCAGCUUUAGCUACACCGAAGAAUUUGAUGCUACGGUGACAUCCAAGUCUGAGGCCUUGCUGGAUGAAGCGGCGCAGGGGGCUUCUGCAUCAGCUUCUGCGCAGGAUCUGAGCAUCUCAGAAGAUGUGGACAAAACACCUGAGGUGAGCCUCGAAGCUCAGCGCCAAGAGAGGCGCAAAGAGAUUGCAAGACGGCAAGAGGCUGAUGCACAAAGGACUGCUGUGUUGCGGAAGGUAUCAGAUGCUUCAUUCGAUGACAUCUCGGAGGAAAUGCCCAGCGGAGAGGAUGCCAGCGAGGCAUCCAACUCCUUCUACGAUCCAGAAGCAAAGCGAAAAGAAGAGGAGUUUGAGAGGCUGCAAAAGGAAGAAGAGGAACGAAAGCAGAAGGAGUUAGAAGCGGCGGAGGCCGAGCGGAAGCAGCAGCAAAUUGAGGAGGCAAAUCGAAGACUUGCAGCGGAACGAAAGAAGAAACUUGAGGAGGAAGAAGCCCGUAGAAGGGCGGAGGAAGAACGGCUAGCAGAGCAGCGAAGAAAAGCUGAAGAGGAGAAGAAAAAGCAGGAAGAAGAGAAGAGGAAACGAGAUGAAGUGAUUGCUCGAAACUUGAAGGAAGAGCAGUUGCGAGAGGAACUUCAGAAGGAGGAACGUCGAGCUCUAGAGAAGCAGCGGGAUGAGAGGCAAAAGAGGCAAGAAGAGCAACUUGCAGAACAAGUCGCAGAGCAAAGCAGGCAAUCGCCGGCCAAAUCCCACUCCAAUCAAUCCGACGGCAUCACUCCAGAACGACUUGAAGGACUGGAAGGAGAGGAAUCGGCCGCGAAACGAGACCUCCUGGGUCCAGGAGCUCAGGUAGACACAACGAAGGCGACUUUUUGCACCAGUCCGGCAGGACGUGAAAUGCCCAGAUUGGACGAAACAGUCUCGGAGGUCCAGCCGACGGUCCAACCGACGCUCCGAGGAACUUUGCAAAGCUUCGAGAAAGAGCAGAUCCGACAGAACGAUUUCGAGAAAGUCGAGCCCCAGAUCUGGCAGACAACAUCUUUGUGGGAGGAGCCGGUGCGCCCUAUGGAGCGAGUUCGGCAAAGGGAGACGGAGGAGACUUUGUGGGACCGAUCCGAAGGCUCUCCGGAUCGGACGUGGUCCAGUCAUGAGUGGACGCAAAGCUCUUGGAGGGGCUGGUCUUGGAAGCAGGACUGGUGGCAAUCUCGGCCCAGCUGGCAAGACUGGUGGUGGGAGGAGCGCUUCCCUUCAGAAUCUCGCCGGCUUUCGACAGGACUCUGGCUCAAAUCCAACUUCGAUGAAGGGCCAUUGGUGAGGCUUCACCAACUUCAAGGCAUUUCACCUGCGUUCAGUCCCCCCAGUCGCACUACGCCAAGCCACACCUUCCAAACUGACACUGCCACAGGCACUCCUCAACCCCAUCCCUCCACAGCUCAGGACACUCGGAACGGCUUGGCGCUGCCAUUUCCAGAGCGCCCACGACCAGGUGGAUCGGCUGGACCGCUGCCAGCACUUCAAGCAUCAAAAGCCGAGGUAGCGAAAGAAGCGACGCUGGCAGCGCCUUUUCGCUGCGCCUUUUCGGAAGCUCCUGGAGCGGACUCCGACUUUGACGAAGCGCUGCAGUGGGCGGUGAUGACGGUGUUGGAUGACAUGAUGCAGUUGAAAUACGGCAGCAUGGACCUCACAGCUCUGCGGCGCCACCUUGCCACAAACCAAUGCUGGAAGGUUGAGCAUCUCAAUGGCAUAGAGUUUGUGGCAGAGUGGGGAAGUCAGAAGGUUCAAUUGCAGAUCAGUGCUCAAGAACUCAACUUCCAGGAGCGUCAGAUUGUCAUUUGA